CUAUAAUUAUUUUGUCGAUAAAAUUUUAAGUAGAGUACAACAUCAUAGUCGUGCUUUAUGUCUGACGUAAGAUGUGUUGGUGUGUUUUGGGGUGUGCGUCGAGGUGUAUUGUAUUUGAAUGAGAUAAAGCUGAGCCAUAAAAUCAUGUUGAGAUCUGCUGGUCAAGAAAACCGUACUACGAUAUGAAAAACAACAAAACUAUGAGUGACGUGUAUCACAGAAAUGCAAAAGAACUGGGUGUCGACUUUGACAAACAUGGAGUCGCCCAUCACGCUGACAAUGUUCCUUCGGGAUCUACUGACAUGGGAAACGUGUCGUACGAAGUACCAAGCAUACACCCUAUGUUUUAUAUUGGUACUGAUGCGGUCAAUCACACAAAAGGUUUCGCAGUUGCUUCAGGUUCAGCGGCAGCACAGUCGUAUACGAUUGCUGUCUCUAAGGCCAUUGCAGCCACUGCCAUUGAAAUCCUUCAAGACUGGAAGUUACUUGCUCAAAUAAAGGAGGAAUUUGGAAAAGUCAAAUCUUGAAGUCACCAUAUUAUAUAAUGUUUACAUGUAUAUGAUACAAAUCGGCACUUUUUCUUGGCGGAACGAUUAUAUUUGUCUUAAGCAGUAAUGUCCAAAAUGCAAAGGUUGAUCAAGAAGUAAUGUCACUGCGUCCAUCCCGAAUUCCUCACUAGUUCAACUUUGCUAAGCAGUUAAGGCCUGUUAUUGAUAUGAUGCUAAAAUAUUUUUGCGUCAAUAACGACAGUGACGUGCGGCGAACACCGUUACUAUGCAUGCCGAUCUCUUGAUAAAUUAGAAAAAAUGUGAUAUUUUCAGAAAACAUUACAAACUGAUCAAAGUACUUAGGUAAGGCGUUGUCUUCUCUUUUUGUCAUUUUACACAUUUUUAUGGUUCUAAUGAUAUUACCUCUGGAUCAGUCCUCAUAAUAUAGAGAAAAAUGAUGUCUGUUUUACGCAGUCAUAUAAUGAGAUAUGUGUACUAAUGUACUAAUUUAUAUACUAGUAAUUUAAUACUGGGAAGGGCUUAGUGUAAUGUUGUUAGAACUUGUUGCCCAACCCAUUUGCUUUUGUAUUUUUGCAAUUCUAUGUAUCUACUUGCAUGUAUAUAUGAGCAAUAAAAUAUGGUUAAAUCAGUAAUUUAAUAAAGAAAUAUUCAGUAGAAUUUUUAUACAUUUGUAUUGUUGCAAGUCACGCAGUUUGUCUCUGUAUCCCGGUCAUCUAACAAUCUGAUUAUCGCUAAAGGGCGUUCAAAAUGUAAUAAUUCAUCCGGUUGAUCUGUCAAUAUUUCCUUAUUUUCUUGGUACUCUCUGUAGUAAUUCUAAAUGGGCCGAUAUAUUAAAAGCAGAUUCACGAAAGUACUACCAUUCCAAUAUAGUCUGUUCUUUCCUUAUAUGACAAAAAUAGCAAGCAUGAAAGCUCUUUUUGAAAUGAUGUUUCAUUCAAAACAGGAACCAUCAGCAAAAUACAAAAGAUUAAAACAUAUCAAACGACCAAUAAAUAGCAUGGAACUGAAAAACACGGGAAAAUACCAUUAUGUUAA